GUUAAACAACAUUGCGCAUGCUCCAACUCCUUUUAACUGUUAGCGACAGAAAUCUGUCAGCUCAGCGGGACGAAGGAUUCUCUAAUACCCUCAAAAAUUCCCGAGCACCGGCUUUUUUUGGUCAGCGUAGAGGAGUUAACUCUUACGUAAGGUGUGUUUAGAUUCAGCUCACAACUUUUGAACGCGUGUUGAUAGAAAGAAGGAGCAGAAUGGCGAGCAGUUCGAAACGGAAAGAGGAAAGUCACCUGCUGAAUGGUUCUGUGAAACAAUCCACAUGGAGCAAAGCCUUCUGCAGUAAUGCUGUCUGGGAAGAGAAAGAUGAGUUUUUGGAUGUGAUUUACUGGCUCCGACAAAUUAUUGCAGUUAUCCUUGGUUUGGUAUGGGGUGUUGCACCGUUGAAAGGAUUUCUAGGAAUAGCCAUUUUCUGCGUCAUCAAUGCGGGUCUCCUGUAUGUAUACUUCAGCAGCUUUCAGCAGAUUGAUGAAGAAGAGUACGGAGGCACGUGGGAACUCACUAAAGAAGGCUUCAUGACAUCUUUUGCCCUUUUCCUGGUGGUGUGGAUAAUCUUUUACACAGCUCUACAUUUUGACUGAGAGAAAUACACGAGGAAAUAAAUAUGAACAUUUUUGUUGCAGUAAGUUGACAAGACAGAAGAACUUCAUGAUUUGGGGGUGUCGGCGCUCUACAUUAAGACGUCUCUGUGUGCAUGGCAUUAUGGGAAUGCUAGCUCGCUAAACAAGAUCAAGCAAGAACACAGUGAUGAACAUGUUCAGAUGCUGUACAUCUUUCAUUUGAGGCUUCUGUUUUUUAAGGACAUCUUUCAUUAUACUUCCCAAAUUUUUGUUUAUUUCUUCAUGUGAUCAUUAAAACACUAAAGUUGCAGAAAGUAAAACGUUUUAAGCAGGUUGCCCUCUGUUUUUUAGUAAAAUACGUUAACGUGAAACAGCUAGAUCAACCUGCACUACUUACAAAGAGUUAGGGCUAUUUGGCUUUUGGGUGAAAUUUAUGGAAAACGUAAAGUUCACCCUACAGUGAUAUUACAUCAUGAAAAUAGGACAUUUAAGUAGAAACACGCACUGCUUAUUUACUCAUCUCAAACAAUGUAUUGAAACAAAAGCCAACAACAGUAGUGUGUACCACAAAAAAAAUAUAUAAAUGUCUCAAUGAUGUGUUGUGCCCUUGAGCAUCAGUUACAGCUUGACAACAACAUCUCAUGCUGUUCACAAGAGUUACAAGCGUUUAUACGUUUUCUUCUAUGAGAUUUAGGUCUGGAGAAAGUGAAGGGCACUUCAUCCAAAGUACCCCAGUCUCCAGCAGCCGUUCCCUAAUGAUCCAACCUCAAUGAGCUGGAGCUUUGUUGACCAUGAAGAUGAAAUUAGGCCUGUGUUGUUCAUGCAGGGCCACAAUUACUGGAAUAAUGUUCUCCAGGUAGUAUGGGCAUGUCACUGUACCAUUCACAAAGUGUAGGUAGGGCACCUCUGUAUUGACUAGACACACCUGCCUUUCUGUAACUCUUCCAGUCUCAGAGUAUCUAUUUGAACCUGCUGUGACGCUCUAAGCUCAGUGGCUACUUCCGUCUGAGAACAUCCUGCUUGAAGCAUCACAAUGCUGAUGUACUAUCGAUCAGGUGUUAGGGGGCGUCUCGUGAUGUCAAAAUGUGAACAGCGUGACUGUUUAAAUACCAAUUCUGAUUGAACUAGAAAAUUUAUUGGUCCAUUCAUGGAUCCAAAACCUGUUGUAAAUUUUGCUUUUAAGCUUCUUGUUAGAGGACAGCAUGUUGUGCAAAAUAUUAAAACUUUGAAGAGUUGGACAUAUGCAUUCAGAAGUUUAGAGGAGGUCACAUUAAGUUCACCUGUAAAGGUUAUAGUGCAUUUUAGGUUCAUCCUGAAAUAUCACCCAAAAGCUGAAUAUUCCUAUGUUUUUGUGAGCAGAGUACUUUCUUCAAGUUCAUAUGACUGAUGUGAAUCCAGACUUUAUACUGCAAAGACGACAAGCAAUGACUACCAAUCUGUUUAUUGGUUAUAUCCGGCUCAGUAAAGUUUCAAGCAAAGGGGAAUAAAUACAAAGUGUCAUUUUGGCAUAAGGGUUCAGUCUGUCAAUUUUUUAUUUUUUUUAGAUGAAAAUGCCACCCUACAUUUAAUCCCAGCUCUGUAAUUUAACAACUAAAUUAUGUUUGAGAAAUGGGAGUCAUGGUUACCAGUUAGUCUCUGCAGCUUUAAGGUUAAUGUUGUGUCUUAAGAACUAAAAUUGUAAUUUAUUUAGAUUUUGUUUUUUCCAUUUGCUUAUCAAAUGUUUAACAGACACAAACAUUGUGUCUAAAAGCAGCUGAUAAAUAACUUCUAACUUUAAAACAGAUGCUGUCUGUAAGAGACACACAUUUGUUCAUUUGGUUUUUAAGCUGAAGCUGAUCUGUGUUCUCCCAUGACUUGGUUUUAGCAUUUGUCUGCCAUUAAUAAUACACUUGAAAUAAAAAAUACAUAUAUUUUUGUCUUCACUGAUAGCUUUUAGAUCAAUCAUGUUUGUUUGGAAAUUAAUUUAAAGUGUGUAUAAUUGUUUUCAAAUCCCACCUUGUAUUACACAGAUUUGUGUAUUUGUUAUAUCUCUUGAUGUAACAUAUUUCUCAGUAUUUUAUAGUGAAGAACUUUUGAGAGCAGUUCUUGCAAAGAUGUUAUGAUACUGUUAUUCAAUAUGCAGCUGGUGUUUGAGAGGAUUGUAUUUUCUGAUCAAAUCUUUUGGGAAUCAUUAAACACGGGCUUCAUUUGGCCUUCAUUUUCAAA